AAUUGAAGGAGCAGAAAUAGUGGCAGUGAGGUACAUAUAGGUUGUUUACACUUUUAACAUAAUUGAGUCCGUGGUUGCACCGCACGUACAAUGUUUCUAAAAUAUCUAAGCAUAAUGUUUCUAUGGCUGUUUUUUCUUGGGAACGUAUUUUCAUCGCCAGCUGGUGAUGGGUUACGAGAUCUUGUAAAUGAAGGAGAAGUUAUUUUAAACGAUGAAACCUAUAAAAAAUAUAUAGUACCAGGAACAUAUACUUCUCAAAAGUUACAAAAACAAACCAGACAAAUAGAAGAUUUUAUUGAUAAGGAUAAUGAACAUUUCAAAAUUUUGAAUCAACAUAUUGAAGCCGGUCAUACAAUGAAGGGGCUGACAUUUACAAUUUACGACGAUAAUAUGAGGGAAGCUGCUAUCGCACUCUUUCGGAUUUUACAAAAUGUUGAAGAAGAUAAGAUUAACGCUGUAAAAGAAUGGGCCUAUAAACAUAUUAAUAAGGACAUCUUGGAAUAUGUUCUACGCUUAGCAUCAAUACAUAGAGACGAUGAUGCUAUUGAAGAACUAGAACCACCUUUUGUUACUAAACCUAACUUUUUUGUGAAUAGUGAAACUAUACAUAAAGCUCUUAAAUUGAAAAUAAACAAUGGAAAGAUCGACCCUCAGGAAGGACAAGUAUAUCAAAUUUAUAGGGAAGAAGAUAUGCUUAUCAUAAACACAAAUUACUCUGGAUGGAAUAAUUGGAAUGAAGAUUGUAGAGAUAAUCUAGAUUAUUUUACACAAGACAUUGGUCUAAAUAGCUAUUACUACGGAGUACAUCUACAAUAUCCGUUUUGGAUGAGUAACGACGAAUUAUCAGCAAUAGAUUCAAAAUAUGCUGAACAAUAUUAUUACAUUCAUAAAUAUUUGGUAGCCAGAUACAACAUGGAGAAGGAACACCUUAGACAAAGAAAUAUUUCAACUGAAUCAAAAUGUUACGAUGACUUUAUACCUUAUUUAUCUUAUGAAAAUGGCUUACCAUUUGCUACUAGGUCUUCAGUUCGUAUGGAAUGGAAUGAGGCAUAUACGCGAAUAAAAUCUAUAGAUCUUGCUAUUAAAGAAUGUAUUACAAGAGGAGUAAUAUUUAUGGAAAAUGGAACAAAGGUAGAUUUAACAGAGGAAAAUUAUGUAGAUUUGCUCACAAAACUUAUUAGAGCCAAUUAUGAAAGUAUUCAAACAGCCAAAUCCGUAAGAGCCCUUCUUGGUUACGGAGGCAAUGGACAUCCGUCAGACAGAUACAAUCCAGCACCUUCAGUUUUGCACCACCCCCAAACAGCUUUACGAGAUCCGACUUAUUGGUACAUGACUCAAGAAUGCCUCAAAUACUUUACAGAGUAUUCGAGUACUUUGGAACCAUAUGAUUUUUCUAGAUAUCAAAGUGAAGAUAUCGAUAUAAUUGACAACAAUUUUUCAAGAAUUACUACAUAUUAUGAUCAUUUUUAUAUCAGUUUGAAUAAUAUUUUUGAAAACUAUGACUUUAAAACUUCCGAAUUAAUAUACACUGCUAGACAAAAACGAAUUAAGCAUUUGCCUUUUAGUUUAGCUUUUACUGUUAAUUCAAAAGUCAACAAAACUUCUUUGGUCAAAUUGUUUAUUGGUCCCAGAUGUCAAGGUGUUAACUGCUGGGAUAAGUAUUCUCAAUUUUAUGAACUUGAUACGUUUACUCAAAAGCUAGAAGAAGGUCUCAAUCUUUUAAAGUGGUCAUCAGAAUUAUCAGAAAAAUAUUCUGUAGACGACUAUUUUAAUGUGGAGUUAAAAACUGUUAGAAGAAAUAAGUUUGAUAUGCUAAGAUUUCCAGAAAACUUGAUUAUACCAAAAGGUUUAAAUGAAGGUCUUAAUAUAACAUUGUUUAUUUUAAUUGUACCUAUGAAUGAUGAUUUUGAAACUGAUUUCUAUAAAGAACCCAUAGGGUUUCCCUUCCAUAGAGAGGUUGCAAUUAAUGGAACGGACUUUAGUAAUUACAAAUUUUAUAAUAUUACUGUUUACCACAAGGAAAAUACUAGAGAAAUGGAAGAAUACUAUUCCCCCCAUUUAAACUAAAUAAGUUUAGUAAUUGAAAUGUAGCGGUAUGAAAAUGAAGUUAUUAUGUAGUAACGACUUACAGUAUUAACAAAUAACUUUAUUUGUUCUUUUAAUAUUAUAGUGUCUAUACUAGGGAUCAAGGAUUAAAAUAAUAAAUGUUAUUUAAAUUUA